UUUGUCAUUUAGUUUUGUCAAAAUGGCGUUUAGCUUUCCUGCUUUUUCCUAUAUUAUAGCCCUUAUAAUAGACGCAUUCCUUAUAUUUUUCUCGAUUUUCCAUGUGAUAGCUUUUGAUGAACUUAAAACUGAUUAUAAAAAUCCAAUAGAUCAAUGUAACAGCCUCAACCCGCUAGUCCUGCCGGAAUAUCUGCUGCACUUGUUUAUAAACGUGUUAUUCCUGUUAUCGGGAGAAUGGUUUUCGCUGUUGAUUAACGUGCCUUUGAUUCUGUAUCACAUACACAGAUACCGCACGCGGCCAGUUAUGUCAGGGCCUGGCCUGUAUGACCCCACAAGCAUAAUGAAUGCAGAUGUUCUGACAGUUUGUCAAAGAGAAGGCUGGAUCAAAUUGGCGUUCUACCUCUUGUCAUUCUUUUUAUACUUAUACGGAAUGAUUGUGGUGCUGAUUGCAGCAUAAUUUGGAUGGCAGACCCUAAUGUUAAGUGGUUUACUGUUGUUUAUAUUUAGCACUCCUUAAGUCAAAUAGUAUGAGGAACAAAUUUGUGUAAACGGUGUAAACACCCUGACAGAGAGAUUCAUCAUUUUACUAAUCUGUGUGUAUUGGCAGAUCUGUGACAAUACAUACUUUUUUUUCUUACAGUUCAGUUUACUCUCAUUGUAAUGAACACUUGAAAAACUAUUCAAAAACAAAAUGUACGAGGGCUGCCUUUUAAGUUCUGUCGUUUGGUAAAACUAAAGACAAUAUAACUGUUAAUUGGUAUUUAUUGUUUUUCAAAGUAAUCACCGUGAUACGUAAUACACUUUUUCAUUCGAUCAAACCAGUUUUCGAAACACUUAUUAAAGUCUGAAGUCGGGGUCUCCAAAAUGGCCAUUUUGUAUGCCUCAACCGCUUCUUCAGGCGUUCGGUACCGUUGACCACGAAGUCGUUGCUUAAUUUUUGGAAAAGUGAAGAAGUCAUUGGGGCUUAAGUCUGGACUGUAUGGCGAGUGUUCUAGAUUUUCGACGUUUUGCUCUUUUAAAAACUGUCUGCCUAGCGGUGUGUGAGCUCGCAUUAUCGUGGUGCAGUACUAUACGACGUCGGGGGUUGUUUUUUCGGAACUCGCUGAUAACUUCUGGUAAACAAACAUUGGUAUACCAGUCAGCAUUGACCGUUUUACGAUCCUCUAGCACGGUGGUGGCAACGUGGCCACUUUUCGCUACAAACGUGGCGACCAUUUUUUUCGAAGUGCUCCGUGAGCGUAUUACUUUGGUCGGUUUUGGCUCAACUUGGAACACCCAAACAGUCGACUGCUGUUUAGAAUCCGGAUCGUAGGCAUAUAUCCAAGACUCGUCACCACUGAUAAUGUCGUAAACGUGUUUAGAGUUUCCUUGGUUGAUUUUUCGUAGAGUUUUGAGACACCAUCUAACGCGAGCCGUUUUUUGGUCUUCACUAAGUAAAUGUGGUAUCCAGCGUGAGAUCAAUUUUUUUACGCCUAAGUGGUCAUGCAAAAUAUUUUGAACACUGGUCCCUGAAAUACCCAAUGAAGCUUCUAUCUCACGGUAUGUCGCAUGGCGAUCUUCGACGAUCAGUUGCCGUACAGCAUCAAUGUUCUCCUGAGUCACGGCUGUUUUUGGUCGACCUUCACGAUGCCUAGCACUAAAACUAGAGCAACCACGUUGAAAUUCUAAAUACCAACGUUACACAGUGCGUAGGCAUGGUGUUUCAUUAUUAAAAACAGUAGUCAACUCUUCAAAGCACUGAAGACGCGUUAAACCUCUUUUGAAGUUGUAAAAAAUUAUCGCACGUAAAUUUUCCUUCGUAAUUUCCAUUUUCACAACUGACUUGUCAACUUUGAACCGACGCUGUUCUGAAACGAUUCGGCCGAUCUCGAGUCAUUCUUUUGUUUUCGAGUUCUAAAUUCAAAUAUUUUACGAUAAUACUAGUUUUUUUUUAUAAAAUCGCGGGAGGUUUGCAAACGACAGAACUUAAAAGGCAGCCCUCGUAUCAGGUAAAAAUAUGUAAUUAUUGUUGUGUAAAAUAAACCAAAAUGUAGAUUAGUAGCAUUAGAAUAUGUCAUCCCUGCCUAAUACCAAAUAUAUUGUAAAUUAUUACAGGUCAUGAAAUUAUUGUAAUACUUUCUAUGUUAACAAUAUUUUGUGGAUCAAAGAAAAUUACAAAAAUCAUAUUGUUGAUAAGUACUUAAUAAAAUCUGAUCAUAAAAUGAACCUAUUCAUUGUAGAAUGUGAUAGCAAUACUAACAAUGUAUUAAUUAUCAUGCCUAGUUCCACUUGGGUAAGUGUGAUGAAUAUAAUGAUAACAGCAUAUCUGUAACUUUAUCCUGUCGCUGUUUAUUUAUAUCAAUGUCUGUCGGGGUAGUUGCCCUAUACUGUUGCGAUUCUAGUGACUGUUUGUGAAUGAAAGUAUUUUAUUACUUAAUAAAAAUUACUGCUAAUAAUUUAUGUA